AUGGGCAGCGCUUACAAGAUUUUCGGCCGCCAGGUCCCCGCCUACCAAUUGUCGAUGGCCACUUUUGGUCUCAUCGGUGCUAUUGUUGUUGCCGGCACCAGCGGCAAGAAGCCCGCCGAGGCCAAGCCUCCUAUUGCUGCCGAGUCUUCUGACGAGGAGAAGUUCAUCAUGGACUAUCUCAAGAAGGCCGAGGCCGAGUCCAAGUAA